UUAUGAGCACUGGGUCUGCAAGGCAAAAUAUUUAAGUACACGGGAUAGUUCAGGCCAAAGCGUUCAUCUCUUUUGUUCUUCUGGAUCUCUGUCUCGUGCUCCAAAGCUGCCUGCUAUCGAUAGAACUGUCAGAUGAUUCAAAGAUGCAGUAAAGUUUCAGGUGGUCUGUUGUUCUCUCUCACAGUUAUGGAGUCUUCCCCACUCAUUAUGGAGGCAGAAGAAUGCAGCAGCUGUGAGUCUGGUUGGACCAUGUACCUCUCAUCCCCCAUGCAUGAUGGUGGAGAUAGUGAUGCCGAGCUCCAACCUAAUGAUGAAGAAGAGGAUGAUGCCAAUGAUCGCUGCAGGAACGAAAGCGAUGAUGGGAGUGAAGGUGAAGAUAAUGAUUCUAUGGCUUCAGAUGCUUCUACUGGACCGAUUCAGCGCAAGCAUGGUGAUACAAAAUGCGAUCAAAGUAGCUUAAUUUGUCGUCUCGAACAUGAUGACGACGACGACGGGAUUGAAGAAGAUGAGCGCAACCAGUAUCACUUGUCGUACUCAUGCAAGAAGUUUUGUGAGGCGAACAAAAUGAAAAGUGGAAGAAGGGUUGGUGUUUCUCACAAGGAAGAUGGUGCUGCUUCUUUUUUCCACACCGGCUCGAAGGUGAAGAAGGCAUCUGGAUUCAACCAAAAAAAAAAGAAGGCAUCUGGAAAAUGAUAGUAUGAAUGUUUCUUUAUGUUUCUGCUAUGAAAAAAAAUAUCGACCUUUCUAUAUGUUUUCAGAUGAGAAAGCUGGCCUUCAAUAGAAUUGUCAACUAUUUCAAAGGGAAGCUAUCUGCAAAAUAGAUAGACGGGCAUCAAAUAACAUGACGUAUCCUAGUCUUGUAACUCAAGUUUGAAGCUUGUUCAUCUUAAUGGUACCAAGAUAUGGUGUUUAAUUUUCACCUUUCAUCUUCA